AUGGAGCAGUCCACUCCGCAGAAUAUGUUGCGUGACUUGCCCCGUGCCCCCGUAAACUCUGGCUCGGCACCGGAUUAUUGGAACAACCUCGAUGCCUUGUGUAUUCCCACCUCCGAUCAACAUGCACAUCCCGCACCGCAACGGCUCCAGCAGCCCCCGCCACAGCCACAACAACCACCACAACAGCAGCCCAUGGGCAUCAGCUGGGAUCACCCGGUUUUCAGUCAACAACAUCCGCAGCCUCAGCAAGAGCAUGGCCAUGGCAUGUACCCUUCGGCUACACCCCAGUCGUGGCGUGCCAAUUCACUGCAUCAUCAGCCGAUCCUGCCAUCGGGAAGUCCUCAUGGAUUUGGAGUUCCCGGACAAUAUAGUCAGCUGCAUCAAUAUCCUCAGGGGCAGGUGUCCUUCGACUCGCGACCCUUGACUCCCUCAGAUAAUCCCGCAUACCAGACGUUCCCAUUCCCUCGUAAUUAUUAUCCUCCGCAGCAUCUGGCCGUUCCAGACACCUUUUCUCAAUCACCCACGCCGCAGGCGACUCAAACGCCACCGCAACCAGUGCAGUAUCAACCGGUUGCACAUUCAAAUGCGAUCAAUGGGUAUCCUCUGUCUACAACCUUUUCUGACGAGAAUGCGCAUCCAUUGGGACUCUCUCAUGAAUUUCCCGAACCCAUCCCCAAUGUGCCGGGCCAUCAGACCAUCAACCCUCAAUUCCUAGACACUCCGCAGGCCACUAAUCAUCACCCAUCUUUCUCCAACUAUCUUUACGUAAACCCCAAUGAAUUCCAGGAUUCUCAAGAUCCAAAGGUCUUUGAUUUCUAUCGGAAUGAUAUUCAACUGCAGGCGGGGCCGCCCGCUGUUGGCAGCCAAGGCGUCCCGGUACGCCCUCAGGGUAUGGAAGCUUUCUUGCCAGCAAACGGACAAAAACCCGUGGCAGUCCCAUUGCCAAUAACAGCGGCCGAUGCACGGAAACAGAUACCGAUUACCAAGAUUCUACCAAAGAAUGCUACCGGUAAAGUGAGUAGUAAGAGGGUUGAUGGGAAAAUGGCGGGAUCUUCCGGCUCUGAAAGCGACUCCGAUGACUCGGACCUCGAGAUUGAGCAUGAGCCCCCGGAGAAAUCUCCCAUUCCCCCCUCCCGUCCUACUGAGCCUGAAGCAGCUGCCAAUUAUGAUACAUUACGAGCUGUGUGGUUCCCCCGUAAUAGACGACCUAACGCCGACAAAGUCAAGAGUGCUCUAGUUGCAUUCAAAGAUGUCGUCAAAAAAGUAAGGGAUGCUUGGAAAGACAAGACGCAAGCCAUGAAGAUGGCAGAGAAUAAGGGCGACAACGACAAAGCAGCCAAGUUCAAGAAGGAAACUGCCUCCCAGAGACGCAUAAUGAACGUGGUUGUCAAGACCACCCUGGACAGAGCCCACCCUAUGAUCAUUGAGAAGCUGGGAGAACAUCCAAUCGCAGUGUCUGCUAUGUAUUCGUUUCUUUUGGAUCGUCAUCAGGCUUCUGACAUCGACGGGGUCCUUACUGUGAACCUUCUUGAGUUGCUUUCGCGUUUCACGACUAUGGAUGAUGAGGCCCUCCAAAAGACAAACGUUGCUAAACUUUUGCCCAGAUUUGUCAAGAAAGGUGGCGUAAAGGUUAGAGGUCUGGCACAAAAGAUAUUGGACAACGCUGCCGCAUCUACCAAACGGAAGCAAGAAACUGCGAAGCCGGGGUCAAAGGAAGGGUCGCCUAACAGAAAUGGCACGUCUACUGAUACGGCACCUACCGAGGCUCCUGGCGCAAAAAGAGCGAGGGAGAACGACAACAGCAAUGGGCUGCCUGCCACCAAGAAAAUGGUGGUUACGUCCAAUAUCAAGAAUCCCUCCAAGCCCAGUAACCCCGUGGUCGCCAACGGCCCUGCCAAGAAACCCCAAGAAGGAGCCGCGGUAAUUGCUGCCCGUCCGAAAGCCAACAUUAUUGCACCCAAACCUACCAACCUGUUUGGAAGUUUGAGCUCAGCCUCGAAGAGACCCGGUACUUCUAAUGCCGAGAGAGCGGCCGCGGCCGCGGCCACCCCGAGGCCCAGCGCCCUUUCUGAAAAGAAAGAGUCUCAACCGGCUGCUCCAAAGCCGGCAUUAUCUUUCGGUGACAUAAUGGCAGACCUUAAUAAACAGAAGGACCCUGCUCCCGCCCAACCUGCUGAGGACAAAACGCCCGAGACCGAAGAAGAGCGGAAGAAGAGACUUCGGAAGGAGGCCCGACGAAGGCUACGGGUUACCUGGAAACCGGAUAGCCAGCUUGUCCAAGUUCGCACGUUCACGCAUGACCCUGAUGAGGAGCUUCAUCUCGGUGAUCAUGAAGUGGGUGAUGUGAAGGGUGAAGGGAGCGUACUCAAACUCCAUAGAGACAUGGAUGAUAUGGACGAGGAUGAUGAUGGCGGUCUCCGCGAGGAGUCUCUGCUUGAUUAUUAUGAACCGACCGCAAUCGAUGACGAAAACAUCACGUCUCCAGACCGUUCUGGGAACUUUGUGAAACGCGGAGGCAACAAACAGCCUACCAGCUCCGAAAAAGAGGCUCAGGAUCAUAGGGAAGCCACCACCCUCAUGGUGUUUUACACUUCUCCGGCGGAAGUCCCGCCCUCACCGAAGGAGCCACCUGCACCGACCGACGAGGAAAUCGUCACGGAUGUGGUUGAUUUCGGGGAACUCCCAGACAAGGUCAAGGCCCGACAAGAGCGGUAUUACUCAAUGGUCAACCCUAAACCUGCGCCUCUGGCCCAGCCGAGCACGCAGAACAGCAACAGCAACAGCAACAACCAAUUUGACAUCUCGAACUUGUUGAAGAUCAUCCAGAAUGCACCUCUACAACAGCAGUCGACUCCGCCACCGCCACCUCCUCAGCCCGCACCACAGGCGCCGAUGUCUGAUCUGGAGCGAACAAUCAGCAUGUUCCGUCAACAGCAGGUUGCCCAACCCGCCCAAGCGCCAGUGUUGCAGGUGCCCCAGUUUCCUCCGGUUUCUCAACCGCCCGCAACACAAGGUCUUGAUUUCCAAAAAUUAUUGUCCGUCAUCAAUGGACAGAAACAGAUGCCCCAGCCCCCACCGCAGCCUCAGCCUCAGAAAUCGCAACCUAAUGUCGCGCCAAACCUUGCCGCCAUCAUUUCUCAGAUUGCCAACCCCAAUCAGCAAGCGACCCCCAACUUUGCUCAACAGCAAGGUAAUUACGAGGAUCCCGAUCGCAAGCGUAUGCGCGAAGGCAAUGGAUACGAUGGACACGAUGACGAUCGCUAUGGUCACCCCAAAAGAGGCAGACCAAAUGGCCCAGGCAAAAAACACCCUAAAGCAGGUUUGGUUCCUUGCCGAUACUGGCCUGAAGGGAAAUGCAUCAAGGGAGAUGACUGCACCUUCCGCCAUGACCCUCUCAACUAA